UGAAUAGAACUUCAUUUAUUUAAAAUAGAAAUUAUAAUUCUAUACAUCAAUUGUGUGUGGAUAUAAUGUACCUUUUGUGAAUAAAGGUGUUUUCUCGGAUGAAAUCGUGUGUGUGUGUGUUUCAGAUCGUGGACUGGUUUGUUCAGAUCUGUCUGGGACUGAAGCACAUUCACGACAGGAAGGUCCUGCACAGAGACAUCAAAGCUCAGAACAUCUUCCUCACUCAAGGAGGCCUGAAGGUCAAGCUGGGAGACUUCGGCAUCGCCAGAAUACUGAACAGCACCAUGGAGCUCGCCAGGACCUGCGUCGGCACGCCGUACUAUCUGUCUCCAGAGAUCUGCGAGAACAGACCAUACAACAACAAAACGUAGUGCUUC